AUGCUUCUACCACUCUCUGCAACAUACAAUAAUACUGAUGAACUUUUCCAAGAGGCUCAAAGGUUUACAAUUUCUCAAGAUAAAACAAAUCAUAAACAAAGAACUACUCAGCUUAUUGAUUACCCUUUUGAGUUGUAUGUUGCUAGAUGUAAUGAAUCAUGGCAUCUAGAAAUUCGCAAUGCAACUCAUAAUCAUGAUCACUCAAAUAACAUAGCAGGUUCACGUCCUCGAGAAAUCAUAUUUACUCUUUACCAAAACCACCUUAAAAUACUAGUUACUAAUGUUGACAUUUAUAAUACAUGUACAUGGCUUUGGCUAAAAAAUCUAGCAGGUCAUACUCCAAUUCGGGCUUUAGUAGAUAAGCUUCAAAAUGGUGAUUUUUUAUAUGAGUAUAAAUGUGAUAAUACUGAUUGUAGCUACAAAACCAACAGAUUUAAAAUGCAAUUAUUAAAUGUAAUAGGUAUAACAGCUUUAAUACCACCUUUUAUUCUUAUGCAAAAACCUGAUAUUAUUGUGACCAAUAGAGAACUUGCUUUUAUGAAUGCUCUUGGUGCAAUUUUUUCUGAUUCAAAAAAUUUGCUUUGUGUUUGGCAUAUUAGUAAAAAUAUUUUAAAAAAUUACAAGCCACAGUUCUCACAAAAAUAA